GGCCGGUCGUCGUUUCGCUCAGAGUCCAUAUUUUAUAAAUAAAGCAGCUGCUGUUAACUUGUAGCAGAUACGUUUCGUCUUCAGAAUCUGCGACCCUGCGAUCAUACACCUGAAAAUCCCCAAAUUCCCAAGUUCUUCAAUUCACCAAGCCCUAGCUCCCAAUUCCCUCUAAAUAAAAAUGACUCUUCAAAUCUUCGUCCAAUCCCCUGAGCCACAAGUUCCUUCCCAGACCCUUACUCUAACUCCAUCUUCAACACAAACCCUCCACCAUCUCAAGCUCUCUCUCCUCCCCAAACCCUUGACCGAAUCCUUUUCCUCCUCAUUCUACUUCACCCUCAAUGGCAAGCCCCUCCCUGACUCCACCCUGCUCGAAAGUCCCCAAAUUGCCCCUCUUUCGACUCUGGUUUUACGCUACAGACUUUCCGGCGGUGGCGGCGAUGGUGGUGCCACCGGGGCUGAGUCCCGUGAUUGCUAUCUCAACAUGUACGCGGAGCGAAAGCCCGAUAAGGUCGACCCCAACGAGCAGAAGCUAUCUAAGUGGACAAAUUGCGCGCUCUCUAACGAGCCAUUGAGGGAACCCUGCGUAAUCGAUCGGCUCGGUAAUGUUUUCAACAAGGAAGCGCUUGUGGAGGCGCUUCUGGGCAAGAAAUUGCCCAAGGAAUUCGGAUAUAUCAGGGGCUUGAAGGACAUGAUUACAGUUAGGUUUUCGAGGGUUCCAGGGGCGGCAGAAUCAGAUGAAAACGCGGGCGGCAGGACGCUGUUUCAGUGCCCAAUUACCGGGCUCGAGAUUAACGGAAAGUAUAGGUUUUUGGCUUUGAGGAAUUGUGGGCAUGUUUUGAGUGCGAAGGCCUUGAAGGAAGUGAAGUCCUCGGCAUGCCUUGUAUGUCACGAGGAGUUUCAGGAAUCGGAUAAGAUUGUGAUAAACGGGAGCGAGGAGGAGGUGGCGGUGUUGAGGGAGAGGAUGAUGGAGGAGAAGUCGAAGGUGAGGGAGAAGAAAGUGAAGAAGAAUGGGGAGGAAGGUGUGGGAUUGGAGAUGUCACGUUUGAGUGGUAGGAAGCAUGGGAUCGAUGUGAAGGCGGUGGAGAAGGUGGCUUCCGGUAAAUUGGAUGCAAAUGGGAAGUCUGCCAAUGAUGGGGUGGUUAAAGAAUCACUGAAGCGAUUCAAGGCAGGGGAUAUGGCCCCGGCGAAUGCUACCAAGGAAGUGUAUGCUUCGAUAUUUACGUCGUCUAAGAAGUCAAAUUUUAAGGAAACAUAUUCUUGCAGAUCUCUGCCGCUUGGUAGGAACUGAUGCUUGGUGGUAUGGAGUAUAACGAUGUCUUCUCUUUUGAGCUAUCUUUGGUUUUAUUUUGCAGUUCUUGUUGUAAUUGGACUUGCUCAUUUAUAGAAAACAUGGAUUUCUUGAGGUUGCUCUUUGCAUCCUUGUUGUCAUAUGUGUUUGUUGGCUUUAUGAUAAAUCAGAUGUACUUUUGUUUUCUUGA